AAACUCCACCCCCUUUAUUUAGUAUAUAAAUCCAGAGGCAAUAUGAUUUUCACCUCAUUCUAGAAGAUUUCAGAUCAUCAUCUUCGUCUCCUGCUGCUAGAGAGAGAGAAUCAUGAAGUUCUGGAGUGGUUCUCUCCUCCUGGGUCUGCUGAUCGUCCUCAACCUUCAGUCCUGUGUGGAGGGAAAUUCUGCACAUGCACCACAGACAUGCUGUUUCCAUUACUAUAAGGGAAAAAUGCGUCUAGAACAAAUUAAGAAGUAUGACAUAUUGGGAGGUGACUGUCCACAACCUGGAGUUCUUUUCACGAGAUGGGCGGGUAACCGUGUGUGUGCAGACCCUAAUCAGGCCUGGGUGAGGGCGGCCAUGGCUAAGAUUGAUGAACGAGCUGAUGAAAGUUAAACUGAUCUCAGCAUCUCCUUCUUCUCUAUCCUGCUGAUUAUUACUGUUUAUUACUGUUUAUUACUGUUUAUUACUGUUUAUUACUGCAGCAUGAAAAAUACGCAAUUAUUUUUAUGUGGAGAACAAAUACAUAUUUUCAAAUGUUUUUAUGAAUGCAUUUUACAUAUAGUUAUUUUCCACUUGGGAAAGCACAUCCAUCUCUGAUUAAACACAGGGAGGUCUACCGAUUUGUUUUUGUUUUUUUUUUAUACACAGUUUUUAAUUCACAUAUUUUAUUCAGAAAUAUGUUUUCAGAGAGAGUUUGGAUAUAUCUCUAUAUAAAUCAGUAAUGUGUAAACGAGAGAAACCUGUCUGUAAAAAAUCAGUAAAAGAAUCUGAAGUCUUUUAGAAUAAACUGAAUAAUAGAAAUGCUCUUGUUUGGAAGAUAUGAGUUUUUGUUACAGUGAUAGCGGUUAAAUUUGGGCUGGUCAGGCUCCACUGUCUAGAAACAGAGAAAACAAAACGAUAAGUGUUUUUAUAAAUAUAACAACAGUAAUAACUUUUAUUAUUGUGCUUCAUUAAUGUCAAUAUGUAAUCUGAUUGGCUUGUCUCCUUCUCUAACUUCUGUUCCUCUCCUCUCUAAUAAAGCCAAUAAAAUAUCACAACGCAUUUAA